ACGACUUUUGCCUCUCAUCAUAUAUAUCUCACGUCUUUGUCCUCCUCCCCUGUUCAGUCUGUUCAUACAAAACCCUUCUUUUUCUCUCUCUCUCAUCCCAUCUUUUCUCUCUCUAUACAUAUAUACACACAGUGUGUGUGUGAGAUAAAUGGAUCCUGACUCGGUGGCGAAGGCGUUUGUGGAGCACUACUACACCACGUUCGAUGCGAAUCGGACGGGACUGGCCAACUUGUAUCAGGAAUCGUCGAUGCUGAGCUUCGAAGGUCAGAAGAUCCAAGGGUCGCAGAACAUCGUCGCCAAGCUCACCAGCCUACCCUUCCAGCAGUGCCAGCACAGCAUCACCACCGUCGAUUGCCAGCCCUCUGGACCCGCCGGCGGCAUGCUCGUCUUCGUCAGCGGCAACCUCCAACUCGCCGGCGAACAGCACGCCCUUAAAUUCAGCCAGAUGUUCCAUUUGAUGCCAACACCACAGGGUAGCUUUUAUGUGUUGAACGACAUUUUCCGGUUGAACUAUGCAUGAAGACGAGGAUAGCUCAAUACAAAAGGUGGAGAAUGCAUGCCCGCCUGAAUGCCCUCAAACAAAUCAGUUUUUCGCCGAUUAGUGCCAGACUUUUGGAAUGAAAUCUGUGGAUUUUUUUUGGAUUGGUUAUGCUUUAAUGAUUUGCUGCGUUUUGUGAUUGAUUUGUUGAAAUGAAUGCAAGAUAUUUGAAGACUUGCUUAAUGAUUUGUGUGUUGAAGAGCUUUUGUGAUUGAUGAUUUGUAGAAAACAUUCUUCCUUGUACUGAAUGCAAGAUUCUUGAAGACGUA